CAUAAACAAUCUGCAAUCACUGUGGCGUCGCCGUCCGAGUGGAUAUUGUUUAUGAUCGACAUUUUCUAAAUCUUUUGGAAAUUAGUUUGCGGACGUAAAUUUCAUUUAUUUUCGUUUGAUAAGUUCCAGAUCUGCGAAUAUAUGAAUGCAUUGAAGACCUAUUCAAGCAUUGUUUAAAGGGACGAUAAACAGUGACGUAUGAACGUUAUGUGUAUGCCAAUAAGGCAAAAGUUUUUUUCGCGACCAUUAUAGCGGGAAAUCUACGUUGUGACGCGCACAAAUCGGGAUUAUUCGUCGCGAACGCUGGCGGAGUGUCGUAACAGCCUUGUUAUGUGGCCAUAUAUAUUUUGACAGUGGACUCGUGAUAAAAAUUGUUUUAAUUGACAAUGUCGGAGGAAAUGGCGGUGUCUGAUAACACAACAGGGGACGAAGCUAAAGUGAGCAACGAUGAGGCGACGGUGGCAGAGCCCGAAGAGGUGACGCCCGAGGAUCCGAGUGAGCCUGCAGCUCCUGAAGCCGAGGAGACUCCGGCUCUAGCAGAAGCUGCUCCAGAACCGGACCCUGAACCGGAACCGGAACUAGAAGCAGAACAGCAACCAGAAGCCGAAGCGGAGCCAGAACCAAGUACAGAAGUACCAGAAGUGAAGGAAGAACCAGAAUUUGACGAUGGAGACAGAGAUACUCCUCUUGAUACACAAGAUGACGUGGAUAUUAAACAAGAAGACGAACUUUCUGACCAGAUCGAUACCUACGAGCAUGGUAUAGGAGAUCAGAAGAGAGGCAUCAAACGGAGGGCCUCUGAUGCCUUCAGUGAUGGCCCUGAAGAUGAAUUCAUAGGUUUUGAUGAAGUCAAACAUGAUGUAAAGACAGAGGAUUAUUGUCGUAUUUUGGAGCGGCUCGAAGCAGAGGUGACAGCAGCUUCUAAAGACCUGGUGCCUCUGAGAACUGUUAUGGGCAUGCCUGCAGCACCUGGCAAGGCUUCAAAACGACCUCGGACAGACACCGACGGAUCCAGACCAUCUUCAGCACUGUCUUCAAGGUCUGACGGAGAAGGAGCUACUGAUCCAGCAUUACAAAUUAAGAUUGAGGAGAAAAAACCGAAGGCCAGCUCGGCGUCGUCCCCGGCGCAGCGCGGGCGGCGCGCCACCACGGAGAUGUCGUCGCCGCUGCUGCGCGUGCCGCUGGAGCGCGGCUGGAAGCGGGAGCUCGUGUACCGCGCCGCGCUCGACGCGCACUCCAGGAGGAACGCCGAUAUCUACUACUAUACGCCCUAUGGGAAGAAGCUGAGGUCUACGAGGGAGAUCGCAGAACACCUGGCUGGCACCGGACUGACAGUAGAAAACUUCUCCUUCUUCAAAGAACCUCUCGGCGUGGACGACCCUGAGAAAGAAAUUAUAAGAGACGCGAAGCUGAUCCGUCGCGUGGACUCCCCCGUGGCGGCCACCGCGCCGGCCGCGGCCGAGGGCAAGCGCACGCCCAAGCCCAAGCAGCCCAAGGGCGCCAGCCCCGAGCCCGCCCCCGCAAACAACAAGUCACCGCCCGCCAAGCUGAAGGUGAAAUCGAUGGGUUCCCGACUAAGUAACAGCGCGCCCCCCGCGGCCGCGCCCGCGCCCGCCAAGCCGCAGAAGAAGCCCGCGACACCCGCCACCACCAACAACGCCGACAACAACAACAGCGCCGCCUGGAAGAAGCCGAGUGCAAUUAACCCUCCGCUGCGGGUACUGAGCGGGGGCGAGUGUAGUGCGGUGUCGGCCAGGCCGUCGCAGCCGCUAGCCUCGCGGCCGCCCGCUAGCGCGCCCCCUCCCGCGCCCCCUCCCGCGCCCACUCCCGCGCCCUCCACUGCCGCGCCCGCGCAAGCUGUGGCCGCGCCUGCGCCCGCGCCCCCUGCGCAGAUUGAUGUACAGCCGACGCGACCCGAGCCGUACCGGCCUGAGGCGGCCCGGGCGUCGCCCCCUGGCGCGGAGGCGGGCCGGCCGCCGGCGCCCGCGCGGGUGGCGGUGCAGCCGUGCUCGAUGUCGUGCGGGCGCGGCGCCGUGCCGUCGCUGUCGUGCGCGGCGUGCCUGUGCCUGUACCACCCCGCCUGCGCCGGCUACACGCACGCGCCGCCGCCGCACCCCUUCAUGUGCAAGAAUUGCCGCAAAUCCACAUCGCCGCCGCUAGAGCCGCACAAGCCUGGCGCCGGACUGCCGACCCCCGUCCCGGUCCCAGUCCCGGUGCCCGUGGCCACGCCGGUCCCGCGCCGCGUGCCCGUGCCCGGGAAGGUGCCGCGCGACAAGAGGCUCAUGCUCAGGAUGAAGGUGGCGGGCGGCGGCGCGGACGGGUCCCGCGUGUGGGCGGUGGCGGGCGGCGCGGCCCCGCGCGCGCUGCCGCCGCAG